AUGCCUGUCAACGGUCAGUACACCACUCAUAAAGUCUCCAACCCAUCCCACGGUGAGACCGUAGCUGGAGUCCUCCUUCGCCCCAAGAAUGUUCCCAACCCGCCGGCCGACGAGGGCUAUGCUGCUUUUAUCUUUGACCCGCGUUCUGUGGGAGACAGGACCGGUCAACUUAGAAGACAGGAGAACCCUAAAACGAAGAACGAGGAUACUGUGGCAGGACUUAAUUAUCUUGAGUCACGGGGAGAUAUCGACAAAUCCAAGCUCUUCUUGGUGGGAGUCUGCCAGGGUGGACCGGAGUCACUAGACGUCGCGUCCUACGAUGACCGCGUUAUCGGGGCUGCAUUCGUCACUGGGUAUUUCCGUGAUCGCGAGACAGAUAUUUACAUUUGCGCUGGGUGUGUCUCUGCUGAGCCUGGAGCGGACAUUUCCACUAUGAAAAUGCCGACGGCGGAACAGGGUGAAGCUCUCUAUCAGGCACGGCUCAAGAGAGCAAGGAAGGCCAAGGCGCUCUACGAGCGUAUCGGAGAGGUUAUAUACCAGCCACUCGUGGAUCCCAACGCCGCAGAUCCCGAUAAAGGUCAUCUGCUGGACUCCCAGGACCUGUAG